CCGCCUUCCGUUCCAUCAACCAUACGCUGUAUACGACACACAGUAAAUAAAUACAAUUGGCAAUUCUUUUUGCAAUUAUACUACGCCAUGGAUCCAUUCUCGGCAGAAGGUGAACUUAUCAACGUUCACAAUGCCUUUCACCAAGGCCAGUACCAGGAGGUGGUCGACUUCGACACAUCAGCCCUAUCCUCUGAAAACCACCUUCCUGCUCGCGUUCUACAGCUUCGCGCCAGAAUUGCCUUGGGACAGACCAACCAAGUUCUCGCCGACGUUGACGGCGAAGAAGACACCCCCGACCUUGCGGCAGCGAAGGCAUUGGCGCAGCAAACAGCCGGCGACAGCGAGUCUGCCCUGAAGCUCGCACAGGAUCUGGCGGAGAACUACCCCGAUAAUGGUACCGUACAGGUCCUAGGUGGAACAGUGCUGCAGGCGCAGGGAUUGAGCGAGGAGGCUCUGGCUUUGUUGGCGAAGCACCAAGGCAAUCUGGAAGCUGUUGCAUUGAUCGUUCAGAUCCAUCUUCAGCAGAAUCGCUCCGAUCUCGCCCUGAAGGAGGUGCAGACUGCCAAGCGAUGGGCUCAGGAUUCCCUGCUUGUUAAUUUGGCCGAGUCGUGGGUUGGUUUGAGAGUUGGCGGCGAAAAGUACCAGUCUGCUUUCUACGUCUAUGAAGAACUCGCCGCUGGCCCCAGUACAUCUGCCCCGCUCUCCAUUGUUGGCCAGGCCGUGGCUGAAAUCCACCUCGGCCGGUUGCCAGAAGCUGAAGCUGCGUUGACGGCAGCUCUUGAGAAGUAUCCCGAGGACGCGGAGCUCAUUGCCAACAGCAUUGUGCUGAAUGUGUUGGCCGGCAAGCCGACUGAGGAGCUGGAGUCACGUCUACAGAACGCGCAGUCGUCGCAUGCUCUGUUGGUUGAUAUUCAAAAGAAGAGUGCGUUCUUCGAUACCGCUGCCGCGAAGUAUGCGCCGAGAGUGUCCUCUUAGAUCCCCCUUUACCUCUCCCCACCCUAUUUUUCUCUCUCCCAUACUCGAUUUUCACUUUUCUUCUUCAUGCGCCUUGUUCGAUCCGGUGUUUUGUUACUUUGAUGAUUUAUACGACGGCGUAGCUAUUUUAUUGUGCCAGGUAUUAUCGGCGAUUGCCUUUAUUCCAUUUGCUAUCGUCCCAGUUGUGGAAAUCUGAUUUCAUGAUAGACAUUAAUACUCAAACAUGU